AUGGCUGAAGUACAGCCCCAGGGUCUUCAAGACGCUCUCACGUAUUCUAAAGGGAGGGAUCAGAAACGACCACAACCACCUCCUCGAGAAGGGGAUAAGGGACAACCGCCUCACAAAGGCCGAACAAUCAUUCUUUGCUUCGAUGGCACCUCAAACGAAUAUAAUGGUACGAACACUAACGUGGUCCGACUAUUCUCAUGUUUUGAGAAACAUCACCCCAAGCAGCUCGUCUAUUAUCAGACUGGGAUAGGCACUGCAAUCAAAACACGCUUCAUGUCUAUUUCAAGAAUUUUUAACGUCAUUGAUCAAGGAAUCGCAUUUAAUUUAGGCGACCAUAUCUGCGAUGCAUAUCGCUUCUUGCAGCAGCAUUGGCGUGAGGGCGAUAAAAUAUGCAUCUUUGGGUUUUCUCGGGGUGCGUAUACAGCGCGUGCGUUGGCAGGAAUGCUUCAAAUUGUUGGCCUGCUAUAUUCCCCAGUUCCAGAGCAAGUCGAAUUUGCGUAUAAGCUCUAUAUAGACCUUGGUCGUAGUGCUGAUGCGAGCAAGCACCCGAGACACGAGUUUUCCCGACCCGUAACUAUUGACUUUCUUGGUGUUUGGGACACUGUUUCAUCGGUUGGAGUCCUCUUCCCACAAUCUCUGCCGUUCUCGCGGUCAUCCAAGACCAUCAAAGUUUUCCGCCAGGCGCUUGCUCUGGAUGAGCGACGAGUGAAAUUUAUUCCUUCGCCUUGGACACUUUCGGUCGAAGAACAGACGGAAUUAGGAAGGAAUAACUGGAUAAUUACCAGAUCCGCAAAAGACUUUGCUGCCCCAAAUUCGUCCACCUUUAGAAAUGUCCUGCACUGGUUCUUUGGCGUCCUCGAACUUUUACUGAAUAUCUUGGUCAUUUUGUUUCCCCCGCUUCUUGGGGGAAUAUACCUAUUCAACCAACUCUUCACCAGACCAAAGAUCACCAAGCCAAAGACGAGACUGAUUCCUGCUCAGUGCCUAAAGAAGGAACCACCGGAUGUCAAAGAGUUCGCUAUGCUAAGAGUUGCAUCAGAUAUUGGAGGAGGAAAUACGAAGGAUUUGGCCAAAGACCCUGAUUCCUCUAAGUUGUUGUAUGUCCCUACACUCUCGACCAUUACCCUCCGCUGGAUGAUUCGCGAGCUAUAUGAAGCGGACCAACAAUACAACUUGUGUAUUCGCUGGUUUCCUGUUCAACUCGCCCGCUUUGGGAUCUACUUGCCCACGGAUUCCCCUCUAACGAAUGAUCACGAUCAUUGCGAUUGUUACAAUCAUCGCAGUCAUGAUGGCGACCCUAAAUUCAUACCGACUCUACCCUCUGCCAAUCCCCCCAUGAGGGUCCACCAUGAAGUUACACCCUGGGUCACACAAAGACUUGGGGACGAUCCUCGACGAGCGGAAUUCAAAGACUGUCUGAAAUAUGACUCUGGUGUCCUCAUCGACCUUAAGUAUCAUGAAGCUGAUGUCAAGAGCGCCAUCGCGAACGAAUUCAAAACGUGGGAUCGCAUUUAUAAAGGAGUGAAGGAAUGGAAAGGUUUCCCCAAUCCUAAGCAAUUCUUAGAGUGGGUCUCUGCAAGUCUUGUAACCCUUUUGCUGAUGAUGCUGUGGUGGGCUUUGGAGCAUUGGCCAUACGUUCGGAUGACACGGCGUGAGACGAAUCACAUUUGGCGAUCUAGGUUCAAAAUGAAGUUCAAUUUUUUUUCAAGCCGAGAGAUCCCUUCACCGGCCACAAUGGUGGACCACCCGGAAUUAGAGGUGCCCGAGGACGCGAGGCCGGGCUGGAAAUCCUUCAUUGACAAUCGCAAAACGAUGCUUGUGCAUCAUUCAGUAGUCAAGAGGAAAAAAAUCAAGGGGUUGGGUUACCACCCGCGUCCUUGGAGGACUGGGGACAUUCCUCCUAAUGAGGACAUUCCUACUAAUUGGAAACUCACAUAUUAG